GCUGUGAUCAGACGUGUGCGCGACUUCACUAAAUAACAACGAAACAUGCCGAACUGUGUAUUUUAUACUGUGUUAACAAUUAAUUCUUUAUGUGAAAAUUUUCUAGUAUUUUAAAAUAUAGUGCUGUAUUUAGUGCUUAAAUUGUGAAGAAAUAUAUGUAGAAAGUAAAUGAAAAGUCCGAUAAAAAGUUUCAUGAUUAAAAGAGAUAAUAAACAUUUUCGCGUUAGUUUGAGAGACAGAUUCUUUGUAUGAUGUUGGAAGGUAUCAUUAGAUGUGUUUGUUUAAAAUCGAGUCAUUUAAUCCCAGUUUUCUGUAUGAAGAUCCCUUAAUAAAAUAAAAAUAACCAGUGCGUCUCACAGGAUCUUUAAUAUAUGAAGUGGCAUUAAUUUUAAAAGCCGAAAGUGUCAUUUGGUUAUUUGUCAACGAGUUAAUUACGUACGAGAAUAAAUGUUGACAGAUUUAGUGGGGAAAGGUGGGCUUGUUAAAAUAAGUUGUGACAUGACGCUUUCGAAUCAUUUAGUUCUUUAAAAGGAAUGAAAAAAAAUUUUUAAUACAAGUGACAAUGUAAAGUAGUGAAUUAAAAAAAAUAAGUGAUAUUUAGGAAACGAAUUUAAGAUAGCAAAAUGGCAGAGUAUUCGAAGAGGAUGCGUCAUUCAAAUGUGCUGAAUGCCAUACUUCUAUUCAUCACAAUGAUAUAUGAAGCAGGUGGGUUCCGUACCAUGGAACUCCGGAUCACACCACGAGUCGUACAACGAGGAAGAAACGUCACAAUGGCUUGCAUACAUCAAGUACACGACAGUGAAAUAUACUCUGUACAGUGGUACAGGGGUACACAGGAGUUCUAUAGAUACACCCCACUAGAAUCUCCUACAACUAGAGUAACGCCCGUUAACGGGAUUAAAGUUGAUAGACUUAACUCAAACGAAACACAUGUGGUUUUACUACGUGUCUCGCCGAGUCUGAGCGGCAACUAUAGCUGUGAAGUUAUACAGAAUGCUCACACCUUCCCACACUACACCGCCACUGCGAGGCUCGACGUCGUUGGUAUAGGUGGUCUUCGAGCAACAGAACUACGGAUCUCUCCGCCUGUGGUGCAGCGCGGGUCGGACGCGACGCUCGCCUGUCUCUACGAGCUUACCGACGCCCCACUCUACUCCGUCAAGUGGUAUAGAGGGCGCCACGAGUUCUACCGCUACUCGCCAACUGAACAACCCGCCACAAAGAUAUUCCCAUUUGCUGGAAUUAAUGUUGAUCUGGCCAGAUCUAAUCAGAGCCAAGUGGUACUGACGCGGGUGAGUUUCGGUCUCUCCGGCAACUUCAGCUGCGAGGUGACAGCUGAUGCACCAUCUUUUGCUACGUCUAUUGUUUCAAACAAUAUGGAAGUUGUCGUAUUACCGCCGUCGUCCCCGGUAAUCCACACGAGUCAACACUACUACAUGCCAGGAGACAUCUUACGCGCCAACUGCACUUCAGGUCCGAGCCGCCCGCCCUCCGAAUUGACAUUUUACAUCAAUGAUAUACCGGUGUCUCCUGGGAUGUACAACGUGCAACCGGCGGCAGAAGGACUGUUUCGUUCAGAACAAUACGUCCAAGUACAAUUAUGGCCUGCUCAUUAUGAACGCGGUGCUCCGAUACUCCGCUGCGAGGCCAAGCUCGGGGAGCUUUACAGGGAUAAUUCCGCUGUCGCCCUCUAUUCAGCGAACAGCGAUCCUAAAAUUGAACGAGUUACGUCGCCAGGUUCCGCGGCCAAGCUGCAAACGUGCCAAGUCCUGUUACUGCUGCAUAUUGUCGUAUGGGCAAACAAUACAUAGACUACGAUUAUCCAUAAAAUUGUGUAAUAAUAUAGUUUAAUUAUUAGGUGUAUUAAAAUCAGAUCGAUAAGGUAAAUGUGAAUUUGAAUUUAUAGUUAAUUGUACCUAAAGACGAGCUGAAAAUAUACCAAAGAAUGUAAAGACUAAGAUUAUUGUUGAUUUAAUACAAAUUAUA